CUCUCUUCCCCUCUUCCACGAACCCUUUUGUACUUUCUCCUCUUUCCUUAUUUCUGUUCCCUUUUUUUUUUUUUCUACGUAGUGUCGUCCAUCUUUACCCCCAAGCAGUCAAACAAAAGAACCCCCAAUGAAAAAUAUUCCUCCAAAAGCCUACAUGUUUGUGAAUUACAAGCAAUGGAAUAG